AUGCACGGUGGAUUGAGACAAUCGAGGGUCCGGUUUUCUGGUGUAGGGCAGGAAGAUCAGGGCAGCGGGCAGGCCAUGGCAAUGCCACCACAGCGACAGCGAGGCACGCCUUUUGGAAGAGGUGAAGAAUACGAUGCCGCGUACGCAGCAACGGUGGCGGCAGUGGCAUAUGCCAUUGCUGCAAUGGAGGAAGAGAAGUUACCACCUCAGCAGAAGCCUAUCCCAGAGAAAACAGCAUCUCGGCAGAAGCGUGUAACAGUUCAUGAGCCCACAGCCGCCCCGCCGCCGAGAUCACCACCCAGGAGAGGCGGAAGCAUGAAAAGGCCGACUGAAGGAAGCAAAAUCUCAAGAUUGUUUAGUGGUAACAAAGAAAUCGUUGAAGUUGGCGACGAAGACGAACAAGGAGCGAAUGUUUCGGUGAGGAGGCCGGUGAAACCGGCGCCAAAGAAGCCAGGAGGUCCAACUCCAGGCCAGAACGUGGUAGGGAAGGUGGUCGACUCCGUCCCGAACCUGAAGGACAAUCCAAGUUUCACGAGGAAAACACCGGACAAGAAGAGGAGCAGAAACUUUGAGCAGGAGGAAGCAAAUCAGAGGGCGAAACCCGGGGUUAACCCGACGACCUCGUUUCCAGGAGAGAGGAAACAGAGCUGGAAGCACGAGCAGGAGCCGGCGAAUCAGAGGGCGCCACCGGCAGCCAGGCCUCCAGGAAUGGUUUAUUCCAGCGAGGCGGAGAGGAUGGCGGCCGCGUGGGAGAAGGAGGAGCUGGCGAAGAUCAAGGAGCGGUACAACGAGACGAUGGAAACCAUAGCCGAAUGGGAGACUGAGAAGAAGGCCAAGGCCAGGCGCCAGAAGGAGCCCAAAGAGGGCGAUUCGGAGAGGAAGAGAGCAAAGGCGCUGGAGGAGUACAACGACGAGAUGAAGCGGAUCAGCAAGGUGGCCGCCGCGUCGAGGCUGUCGGCGGAGGACAAGAAAAGGAACGCCGAGGGCAAAGUCUGGGAGAAGGCGGCCAAAAUCCGGUCGACGGGGAAGCUCCCUUGGUCCUGUGGCUGCUUCUGA